GUAACAGGGAACUUACCGGCAAGACGUCAAAACCUGUCGAAACUUGUGUUUCUGUUUAUUGUUUUGGUGAAUCAUUUUAUUGAAACAAACAAAAUAUAUGCGUGUUUUUAGAACAUUUGAUCAAGUUUUGCCGCCAUGGAUAAUUGGGCCUCCGUGGUGUCAUCAUAUCCAGAGGUUCCAGAGCCCAAACAUUACGCAAAGGCUAUUCAUUCAGCAGAAAUAAUAAUAUCUCAAGAUUUAGCGCCUUUUGAAAUAGAAUGGCUAGCCCAGACUCUGCUAUUCAAACCAAUUAAUCUUUUUGAGACGAUAUCAACAAAACGCACCAAUGCAGAAUGGCAGAAAACUGUAGCGGACUCCUUCAAGCUUCUGUCCAAACUUGUGGAUAAAUACUGGGACGUUGUGGAGACAUAUUAUAAUGAUAUUAUUGCGCUAUGUACAUUAUCGCUGGACGCUGCGACGCGCAAGGAAGCUCUCUGCUGCCUGGUGGGCAUUGUGAAGCGUCCAGCAGUGGACGUGACGGACGAACUCGUUGCUAGACACGUCAACGCGUUAGAAGAAGCCACGUCUUGCAAAGCACCUUUAGCACAACUUGUUGGUACAAUAUGCCGCUACCAUCCUGAAAAAGUACAGGAACACCACACAAGAAUAUGGCGGAUAUACCUUAAGAUGUUACAACCGAAUAACAAGACUGAUUCCAUAGUAAACGCCGUACUACAAGGAAUAAAUGGUCUGUUCGAACAUUUUGGCGAUGACAUCGAGGUAUCCCAACUGAAUAGCUUUUAUGACACUAUGACUAGAGAAUGUAUCAAGAUUUCUAAAUGUUUCGAAGUACUCCUCUCGAUCUUCAAGCAUCACGCUCGCCUAUUCAGAGAGAAGUUGAGCAAAGACGCGGCACUGCGUAUGUAUAUGUGGCAGUUUGAUAACAAAAGCAGUUUGGAAGCCUUGUGUAGUGUUUACAAAGUCGUUUUAGAGGCUUCUGAAAAUCCUGAGUCCAUACUGGUGUCAGAAGUGGUCCCGCACACGGAGUCUCGCUCGGUUGUAAUAAAGCUCGCCGCGCUGAAUAUAGUCAUACUGAGCGGAACUCGGUUAACUAGCGAAGUGACGCAAUGUACUGUUGAACUGGAGCUACUGUUGAGGAACAAGAAAUUGUCUUAUGAGGAAGCUAAUACUAUAUCAUGGAGUAUAAAUUCCAAUGCUUCCAACAGUGAGACUAUGUUGUUAACAGCUAUAAUGUACUCCGAUAAUCUGCCCUCGUCUAUGAGAGACGAUAUUAUUGUCAACGGGAUUUUGAAGGCUUCGGAAGAUGUGAGAAAAGCAGCAGUAAUAGCGGUGGUUGUGCUGAGCCUGCGAGCCGGCUCAGACCAGCACCUGUGCACAUGGCGAGCUCUGCUGCACAACACCAGCGCUGUGCAGCUCUGUGCACAAGCUGUGCAGCAUGUGCUAGAAGUAGCUGUCAAUGCAGCAGUAAUAGCGGUGGUUGUGCUGAGCCUGCGAGCCGGCUCAGACGAGCACCUGUGCACAUGGCGAGCUCUGCUGCACAACACCAGCGCUGUGCAGCUCUGUGCACAAGCUGUGCAGCAUGUUCUAGAAGCAGCAGUAAUAGCGGUGGUUGUGCUGAGCCUGCGAGCCGGCUCAGACCAGCACCUGUGCACAUGGCGAGCUCUGCUGCACAACACCAGCGCUGUGCAGCUCUGUGCACAAGCUGUGCAGCAUGUGCUAGAAGUUGUUGUCAAUGUUGCUGGGGAUCCUGAAACGACAUAUGAAGAUAUAAAGCCGAGUCUACACCUCCUGUCAAUCCUGCUAAACUUGCAAAACAUAGAACCUUACUUAGAAGACUGGUGCAUAGCUUUCAGGCCGACUGUGGUACAUCUGUCUAAACUGUACAAUGUACCACCCGUGGAAAUGUUGACUGAAACAGAUGAUAAUCAGAUAAUGUAUGUGGAAAAAUUUGAAGAUGACACAGUACUUAAUCAUUUGUUAUCUACUUUGACUACGAAGACGGAACAUAGACAGAAUCAUACAUUGACUGCUUUGUAUACAAUAAUAUCAAAACAGGACACAGAUUACAAAGUUCUGUCUAAAGUGCUCUCUAAAAUAGAAGCUUCAAUUGAGAACAACGCUGAAAAUCUUGAUAAACGACAACUAUCUAUGAUAAUAAAUCAACUAAAACUGUUAAAAUCCAAAGCUGUAACGGAUACCAAAGACGCUAGAAUAUUUCAGAAAGAUGUUACCAUGUUUUUAGGUAAAUAUGGACGUUUAACUGGUGAAGAGAACUUCACGGAAGAUGUCUACGCAUUGAAUUUAAAAAACAAACUCACUUUGAAUAUACCUAAUAUUGUGGAAGGGACUACUUUUAAGAUAGAUCUCCAACGAAUAUUUCAAUUAUGUUUACUGAGAGGAGAUACCGAAGCUCUGUACUGUCUACUAGCCAUUUUAACUGCAAGCUUAUGUGAGACGACGCACGCUAGCACACAAGCGGCCUGCAUCCGCGUCGUGCACGUGACACACACACACACACACAUAGACGUGUGUGUGGCGCUAGCUAUGUGUCACACUGCUGCGAGCGUUCAGGAUAUUAUGAAGGCUAUUACAGAAGAAUUAUGUCCUAAAGUAAGGAGUAAACUGUCAGACUGUCUACAAUUUCUUCUGACUCACGACCCCGGCUCUGAAACUACGUCAGAACUUCUGAAGUUGGUGGGCGAACGAGCUGUGUUAAUGAUAAGCCGAGACGAAUCACCCACAUUCAUCCCAGGACUAGACAUAACCAGAGCAUUUUUAUCAGCUCUAACCGACAACAACAAUCUUACAACGGAACAUCUACCAACGAUACUAAAAUAUACUUCGAAAGCGCCACAAAAUUACUUCGAAAUAUUCAAUACAGCAUCCGAUAUAUUUAUUGAGAAAAUCGAUCUAUUCAAUGAGACACAAAUUAUGGAUACUAUAGUUCAAAUUUUGGAACAUUUUUCGACAAAUAUUUUUACUGUCGACGCAAUAGUUAGAACAUCGGCUUGUAUCACAUAUGGCAGCGAAGUUAUUAAUAUAGAAUACCAUCUAAACACUAUAUUAAGUUUCAUAAAAAGAGUCAUCGAAAAGAAGAAUUUAAAGCCAAUAAUUUUAAUAGAAAUUGUACUAAAAAUGUGCAAGAAAUUAACAAUAAUUUCGCCACAAUUUUUGAACCUGGUAACAUUAUUGGCGUCCAUUAAUUUAAAUUUUGAAUUAGAGAAUGAUGAUCGAAAGAAAGUCGUUGAUUUUCAAAAUGGCGCCCUACUUCAUGAAUUGAUGAAGAUAAAGUUGGAUGAAAUGGAUGAUUUCAAAGUAAAUUCGGCAUUAUUAUUUUUGAAAGAAUAUGCUGUUGAAUUGAAAGAAACUUGUGUUGAGAAAACCCUCAACUGUCUAGCAAGGAUCAUCGAACACAUACCUCCGAGUACAGUGUUACUAGUUAAAAAAAAUCUUACAUCUUGUCUUACCACCUACAAAAAUGAUUCAACUCACUCACCUACAAUUAUUCAAAGCUAUGAAAAAUGGUGCAAAAAACUCGAUUUACAAAACAUAACCGAAUGUAUAGAAAAUAAAACUUUUAUAUCAGAAUUUCAAGAAAAAUACUCCGAAAUUGUUCACGCUUUGAAAGUUUUUUCUGAGAUAUUCAAAACUCCGAUCUUAGAAAUGACAAAUUGGACUCUACUUUUGGUCAAAAAUUUGUCUCAGGAAAACAUUCAAUGGAGCAAAUUGUUCCUAUUGGAUGUAUUUUCGGUGUCCGAAAUAUGUCUUUCGGAAUCCGAUUUUGAACUGAUUUUAGAGGAAUAUAUAGAUUUUGUUAAAAGCUAUAUUAGUGUAUAUUUUCAAAGGUUAAUAAAAAAGCCUUUUGUGGUUAAAAUUGAGAAAUGUGAGUUGCUAAUAGAAGUAAUUGAGUAUUUUUCGAAAAAUUUCAAGGAAGAUAAUUUGCAGAGCGUUUUGGAUUUUGUUGAUCAUUUAUGGCCUCAUUUCGUCCAAACUCGUCCGUUUGACGACAAAAUAUCGGUACUUCUAAAUGUUCUGCGCUUACCCAAGUCUGUGGGCUUACACAACGCGGUCGUGAAGUGGGGGAUUGACGUGCUAUCUUCUGAUGCGAGUAUGGACGAGAAGAUUAAGGUGUUCGCUUGUUUACCUGCCGGAGAAGAGUAUGGUCCAUUCUACCGCAGCUUCGUAUCAUACCUGCCGGUGCGUCUGUCAGAGCUGCAAGGGCGGUACAUACCUCCGUUCCGGGCGCUGCUAGACGCGCUCGCUAAUAACAUGGAUAUGACUCUAUUUGAUAUUGUCAUUACUUUGGCUGGGGGAGAUGACACCACAGGCUGGUGGGAUCAAGCCAUAGAGGCUUGUAUAACCUCCUUGGCUUCUAAGGAAGACAUCAGAAUUUACGACAAGGCGUAUGCGAAAGCUAAGAGUUCCAACUCUUUGGGGGUCUGUAAUCGAAUAUUUUUGCCGUUGUUAAGGCAUUCGUCCCGCAAAUUUUGCGAGAAGUACAUAUCGACCAUCAUAACAGAUCUAUUCAAUACACUCCGCGUCGGUUUCAAGGAGCCGGCUAACAACGACACGUAUAGAAAACGACUCGUUUCGUACGCUAUUGCGUUUAAUAUAUUGCAGGUUGCGUUUGAGAAGAUAUCAACAGAAGCUCUAGAAAACGGUCCUAUCAACGAGAGCGCGGGUUCUCAAAAGCCCUGGUAUUGCCUAGAGCAGGCGUGUAAAUACUGUGUCACCGUGAGCUCUAAAGCUGUCUGUCCCACUGACGCAAGUCAUGAGAUGAAGACAACUUGCUUAUGGUUGCAGUGCUCAUCAUACAAUUGUUUGACGACAGCUAUAUGUCGGCGGAAACUCAGCAAGAACUUAUGUGCUAGGAUAUUCAAUGUUCAAGUCUGGGCUAAGAUUGUCGAUGUAGACGCCGUUUAUGAGUUCGAGUUGAAAGAUCAUGCUAGGUAUAAGGGCCACCUUGCAGCCAAACGGCCAAUAGAUGCCGUAGCCACUUCAUCAUCCUUCACCGGCACAGUCCGCAGCAGGUUGUUCCUCACCACGCUGUCGGAGAACCCGCUGCAAUUCGACAUGAUACCCCUUGAUGAAGAAGAGGAAGAAGAAGAAGAAGAACUGCCCUCAAAAUACGAAGACAGCGUACUAAAUAAACACGGGUGUUUAUCUACCGUGACCGCGGCGUUAGAACACGCGGCCACGGUGCAACAUACAGAGUGGAGGGAUGCCCUCGUUAGCGCGGUCUGUUCUCAUGUAGCGGGCAAUGUCAAGUGGAUGUUAGCUCAGGCUAUUUGCAACGCGGAAGAAGCAUUGAAACCCCACGCGGGUGUCCUCACGCCAGCUUUAUUUCAACUAAUAGCGGAUACUUGUACUAUCAAUAGUGGAAAACAUGUGUUGAACAAUCUACAUGUUGAAAUUUUAACAACAAUAACAAAAUGGAAUACCACAGACAUACAACCCAGCACCUAUUUAGACACGACUAUAGAGUAUUUAAUCAAUACCUGUCUAUCAUUUAAACACAGAUACAAACUACAUAGACGACUGUUAAACGUACUAGAUGGCCUACUGAAAAUAUUUGGAAAAAUCGCUAAUGUUAAAUGGAGUCUAUUUCAAGAUAAUUUUAAAGAUAACCAAAAAGACUACCUACCAAUACUAGAACGGUUAUUAAAAAAUCACAUUUAUCUACCAGAAUUAUUACCUUCUAUAUUUAUUAAUACCGAUACAAACCAUUGGGUAGGUAACGUAAAAUUAGCGGAAGUUUUCGGUCUAGCAUUGUCUAUGGCCGACCCAGAGACAAGGAAGGAGUUUUUGUCUAAGUUCUGGAAUAUUCUAAAUGGAGCUAGAAGUUCUAAUGCUUAUAGCAGUUAUGUGAAACUAUUGUUUUAUGCGCAGAAAUAUUGUAAGGAGUGCUGUGAUUUUAACCAGUUGAAAAUAAUAACAGAUUUAGCGCCAAAACUCGAAAAAUCAAAAUGUCUAACAAUAAUAUCCAAUUACUUAGAACAUUUUCCAAAUUCAGACGACUUUUUUACUGAAAUGUUUGAAACUAUUAACUUAAAAGAACUCUUAGACAGCGAUCUGAGGUUAGAAGCUAUGAAAAUAGCUAGAAAUAGCCUGAAAUUCAUGAAAAUGGUUGAUAGAGAGGAUAUUUUGAAAAUGGUUGGAGUGAAUUCUAAAAGUUCUUCUGUGCAAGUGAGGAAAGAGGCGUUCGGUGUAUUUUUUGCUGCUUUUAAAGAUCUAGUCAAACGCGAAGCUCAAAACCCUUUCAAAAGGAAAGCCAUAGACACCAGUCCUAUAUUAGACCUUAUUGAUACACAAACUACUUAUGAAAAGAUAGUUUUGGAAAAUAUAUUUAGAGGUCUCUUUGACAAUGAUGAUGAUAUUUCCAAAAUGAUGACAGAGGGCGUUGACGAGUGUGUUUCCAAAGAUAUUAAUAUGAGAUUUGCCGAACUAUUCUUCAUAAUAGUAUACCAAUGCAGUGUAUCAUACAAUGAUGUACUGGAUCUAAGUAAAUGUGGUGCAAAGCUGUUGGAGAUGCUCUUCAGCGAUCUGAGGAGUCAGGAGGCUUUUAAAGUCAUUGCUUUGAGAGACCAAGGGUUGCCGCAGAGCCUUUUGAAAUCGUUUGAAACUACUACAAGGCGAACUAGGACCAAUGUUAGAACGGUUGUAAGAUCGGGAGUAACAUAUAGACAGAGAACUGUUAAAGCACCGCCAAGCCGAGAGAUCAAUGUACAAAUGAAAAUAACAGAAAUCUUAGGCGUAUUUCUGCAAUUUUCUAAGACUAACUCUGAAGUAUGUCAAGAGCUCUGCUCACAAAUGAUGAAAUGUCUCCAAGGUACGGGUCGCAGGUUCGAUCUCGACUCGGUGAUGGCUAAACAGCUGUCUCAUAUUAUGAGGGAACCGCCUAAUUGUUUGACGCCUAUAGUUUUGGACGCCUGUAGGAUUUUUGUUAAAGAUAUCAGCUGUAUUGAAGGAUUCAAGCAAUCAGUAGAAUCUUUAAAGUUAGCAGUUAAGAACAGCGAAGGUUACCUCUAUACGAAUAUAUUAUUGGAAGAUAUUUUACUGAGAAGUGGCGAUAAAAAUCUCUUUAUAUUCAGUAUGAUGAAAGAAGAUUCGGAUACUACAAUGAGGGAUCAGGAGUUUUCGCUACAAGGCUUAAUCCAAAUAUUUGGUACAUUAUCUAACUGGGAUGAUUUAAGAAUACAAGAUAAGAGACAGAUUGAAGAAUCUUUGCCUCCAUUAUGGACAAAUAAUGAAGAUUUCACUAUUUCUUUGAGAAAUUACUUUGAUGCAGAUAAUAAGAAACUUGAUUACAACCUUUGGUUUAACAAAAUGGUGGCGUCCCACUACCCGGAGGAAGUGACAGUUAACAGAAUAAACUGGUUGAAACAGACAGACAGGUGGCCGACCAGACACUUUGUUAUAUCUGCCAUCAUUGAAGCGUUACAAUGGAAUCAAAAUGAGAGCAAGAUAUUUGGAGAAAUAGCUCCAAACGAUUGUCUUGCUGAAUGGGCGGCACGGCUUAUGAUCAGAUCGUCAUACUACAACCAGCUGUCAGACUCUGACAGUUCUGACCGCGUCUCUCUGAGUUCUGACGAACUCUUCUACUGCAGAGAAGCGAAUCGGAGGCAAAUACCUUCUGUCGCUUUACAAUGCGUCGAGAGGAAUAAACACCGUCUGCUAGACACAGAAAUUCUUCCCUGGGUACAAGAGAAGGUGAAAGCCUACAGAUGUGUGGGCCUCAGGGAGAGUAACACCAACUUGCUACAAAAGGCUUUGGAUGCUGCAGAAAAACAAACAGUCCGGUUUGCGUCACAAUCGACUUUUGAAACGAAUGUCUCUAUGCAGACUUUGAUAUUAAAACUGCAUCAUGAUUUACAAUCUUUAUCAAUUAAUAAAUUAAAUGAUGUAUUACAAACAGUUACAAACUAUAUUAUUCGGGAGAAAUCAAAAGUAUUGUCUUCAAAUGAUUUGAAAACUAUGAAAUCGGUGUACGAAACGUCAAUGGUGUAUUAUAAUGAAAUGUGGAAUGACAAUGAUGAAUCUAUACAAAAUGACGUUAUACAAAGGAUGGUUGAGAUAAUCGGUAAAAUGUUGGACUAUAAUUUGGUUGAAGACUAUAAUUUGCUUAUAUCUGUAUUAUUAAACAGAUUGGCUUAUCAUGAAACUACUAUAAGCGAUAUUACGGCAAAAAGUUUUAUUGAAAAGAUACACCGUAUAUUCCAUCGCCUAGACUUCUUCAGUGUUGCCAUACUGAAAAGAGUGCUAGCAGUGUUGCCAACAGAUGUUUUAACGGAAAAUUAUUUGAAUAAACUACAAGACACAGAGUUGGAUGUUUGUAAGGAGUAUUUCAAGUUAAUAUGUGAUGUUAAUUAUGCGUUGCUACAGUAUUGUAGCGAGAUGAGGAGGAAUGUUCUAGAUGAAGAUGAAUUCACCAGCAUUUUCAAAAGGAUGAAAAGCCGACUGUUUGAAACUAAACACGGAGGGACUGACUACCAGUCGCUGAAUACGUUGAAAACUAAACUCUAUGCCUUGGAGAAUAUGACUGUUAUUGAUACCAAAGCGAAGGAAUUAAAGCUAAUAAUAGAUGAGCUACACUUAAAAACUCAAAGAUCAGUUCUAAGGCUAUCUCAAAUAUGUCCCGAGCUAUGUUCGCCCGCCAUAUUGGAGAGAAAGAGACUGCAUUUGCAGAGGCUGUUAAGAUUACCAGAAAAUGUGUAUGUCGUUAAGUUUGUUGAGCAAAUGUCAGUAUUCACCGACGCGAUCUGUCGUCCUUGCGUCGUCGUCGCGUUGUUGACAAACGGACAAACGCGCCGCUUCAUAUGUAAGAGUGGGGAGCCUUUGUACAGAGACGCGGCCGUACAGAGAGCGGCGGACAUCUUGUCUGUCACACAACCUGAGCUGUGUGUUAGGAGUUAUAAUGUAACUCCAUUAAGCGAAGACUCGGCCAUUAUAGAAUUUUUAGAAGAUCAUAUACGACUGAGAGAGCUAAUUGAAGAAAAGCAUGAUAUUAAUAGUAUUGCUCCGAACAAACCAUGGAACGAGAAAGUAAUACUAGCGCCUUCUCUCGCGAUGGAACAAUAUAACGACAUGUGCGCUAAAGUAACACCUUAUAUGUUGAGGUCUGCUAUAGAAAAUAAUUGUUCCUGUGUCAAAGAAUUUAUACAGAAGAAGAAAAUGUUUGAAGAUACAUUAAGUUCUAUGACUAUUCUAUGUUGGUUGUUUGGCGUAGGCGACCGUCACCUACAAAAUAUAAUGUUCAGUAUGCGAGACGGCGGCUUGUGUGCAGUAGACUGGACGUCCGCGUGCCAGUAUGCCACUCGCGAACUAACGCCCGCCAGGCUAACUACCAAUAUUGUAGCUGUCACAGAUGUUACAGUAUUGGAAAGUCGUCUGCAAACCAUAAUGUUAUGUUUGAGAGAAAAUGUGAAACUCUAUGAAGCUUUUAUAAGGACAUCUUUCUAUUGGUGCGGACCGGAAUUUAAAGAGCUAAAACACGUAAUAAACAUAUUGCAAGGAAAAGCAGUGUCCUACGGAAUUACAAGAGAGUGUAUUGAAGAAUCAAACAAAAAAUACAAAGUGGAAUAUAUCAAGUUGCUGGAUCAAGUUUUUGAGAAUUUUGUGCCGAAAGAAAUAUACAGCGUUGAAGAACAGGUAUCCUGUCUUCUACAGCAUUGUACAGACCCAAGAAUUUUAUCAAUCACACCGUCGAACUGGGAACCGUGGUUAUAAUCAAGUGUACAGCUACUGAUAUGAAUGAUUAAUAUCUUACUAUUUUUUUACUACAUACGUAAUUAUGUACUCAUUGUUUAUUCUUUCAAUAAAAGUUAUUGCUUUCUUUCAAUAAAGUUGUUUUAUAUAUUGCCAAAAUAUAUGGCCGCCAAUUGUUAAAUUAAGGCUUCUUCAAGUAACUUUUGGUUCAAAUGCUUGGAUGUAAGUUUAAAAACACGCUAGUCAUGUAUUGUCAUCAGAACUCGGAGCGUGUGCAAAAUUUCAUUCUAAUCGAAGACCGGGAAGUGGGUCAAAUUAAGAUUCCAAGAUUUUCUUACAUACAUAAUAUAAGCGUGUUUAAAAAAAACCAAUAUGGUGGUGCAGUUCCAAGAUAAUAAAUAAGACAAAUAUGUAUUUAAAUCAAAAGUUUUAUUGGAAAUUAACUGGAUACAUCUACAUAUUGUUUAUACAAUAUUAUAUCGCUUAUAAUAUAAAUGGGGUUAACUUAAUUGGAAAUAUAAUCACAAUAUAACAGCCUAAUUUUGUACAAAGUUUAAUAAAAAAAAAACUGAUAUUUUUUAAUUAAUUUUGUUCUUGAAGUAAAAAAAUAUGCUUCACUCUAAAAAGCGAUUCAAAAUGGCGUCUAAUGGCUGACAUUUUUAAGUUAUACAGCCUAAUCAAGAUGACAGAUUUUUU